UCGCAUAGUAAUUUCAACCCCAUGUCUUAUCCACCGUAUCCACCUAAAAAAUAAACCAUCGUAAAAGUGAGACUAGUGAUACAUAUUCUGCCAGACAUGCAAGACGCAAUCAAAAAUAUGUCUCAGUUGGACGACAAGAAAUCCAAGGGGCUCCAGCUGAACGUCAAGUUCAAUGUGAUUCCCAAGACAAGGUCAAAGGAAUUCACUGAUCUUUUUAAUGGCUACACUACGGGACUGGUUCGAAGUGAACCGGGAAAUUUCGUCAUGACCCCGUUGUACGGAAAACACGCAGACAGACUUUACCGGAUGGAGCCGAGAGCUGACGACAUCUGGCUACUUACGUUCCCCAAAUGCGGUACAACUUGGACUUCUGAACUGUUGUGGCUACUGAUGAACAACUGCGACACGGAGAAAGCCAAAGAAACUCCUCUAUCUGCCCGUGCUCCUUUUACAGAGAAACCAUUUAUGUCUUCGGAUGCUGAGUUGUCACCACAAAAUAGUGAAUUGCUGGACUCUUUUAAUACGAGGCCUUCGGAAGGCUCGCAGAUAGUCAGUGCAGGGCAGAUACGUAUUCCAACGUAUGAAAGCGGCCGAUCAGAAGAUUCAUUCCAUUUUCUGCAGUGGCCCUUUUUUGUCAAGCAGAUGGGUUUAUUCAUACUUCGCAAAUUGCAUAAUUCUGCAAUAGAGAUCAUGCUGAAAACGAGUCGUUAUCUAACAUCGUUUAAAAUGUCUUGGGUUGCAUUUUUUCCACGCCAUCUUUAUGACGAUCCAAUAUAAUAGGAUCUAUAUAGACCCUACUGGUACGAAUGUACGAUGUUGGUAGAAAACCUGUAUAGAUGGGAGCUAUUGGGCAGUCAUGUGUCUUAAUCACGACAAUCCC